AACUGUAGGGGCCUUGGGGCAGGGGCCGGGGCCGAGCGGGAACCCAGGCCGGGGGCUUCCCAGGGCGGCUCCGAAACGGGCAGUCGAGGCAGGCGAGGGCUCGGCUGCUCCUGCGGGCGUCUAUGCAGAUGCUGAGGCUGUUGACCAAAACAGCGCAAGGAAGGAAUCCGCGAGAAGCUCAGAUUCGCGGGGGAGGCCCUGCUGCCGGGAGGGGAGGGAGAGGCACAGCGGGGCCCUAGCGCGGGCUCUAGCCGGGAGCUGUAGCGUGGCUCUAGGUGUGCAUCUGUGGAGCUGGUAGAGUUCUGCAGCGCAGGAGGGAGGCUGCUGGAGGUUCACAUCAGUUACUUUGAAAUGUGGUGGAAAUGGUGAUGGAUGGGAUUUGUUCAGUCCACAUCGGUUCAGAGGCCAGCAAGGUGCUGCUGGGUGUGACUGGUGCUGGGCCAGGCAUGAUCUUGGCGUUGAGGGAGUUGAUGCCCCAGCAGGGGAGACAGGCACCAGAUGCACAAUUGUUUGACCACAGUUGGGACAAGGGCUAAGGCACGGGUUCCAGGAACCUGCAGGAUGCGGGUGUGGGAGUGGUGUCAGAUGCUGAGGGUGUGAGUUGAACUGUGGAGACUUUUUCUGGAAAUUAGCCAGAGAAAAAGUGAGGUUCCGGGGCAGCCGGCCGUGUGCGGCUCCAGGCAGAAGAAACAGAAUGCACAGACGCUUAGUGGUAGGCGAUGAUGACGUAUAGGAGCUGAAAGAUUGUCCUGGCUAAGGCACAGAGAGCCACCGGAGAAGGGACACGGUAACGUGUAGAGGGGAGUGGAGGGUGAGGACAAGCUUCAGGAUGGGAGAAGAGCCACAAAGGAGACUGAGAGGGGCUGGUAGGAGAAACCAGGGGACUAGAAUGUGUCGAAACCAAGAGGAUGGAGUUUAAAGGAGGAGGGAGCCAUCAGCAGUGCUGAACAAAAGAGCAGCUGAAAAGAUCCCACUGACCGCAGCAGCCGAGCUUUUGUGACCUUUAGGGGUCACUGCGGAGGCCGGGCUGGAGCGAGGUAGCCUGAGUUAGGAUGCACACCUGGGCAGGUAGAGAUAGCUUGCUCCAGCUUUUAGGAGGACAGAGGCAGAGUGGACAGGAACUUAGUUUGGGGAAAACUUGAACAUGUUCAGGAUGCUGGAGAGGAGCGUUCCACUGCUGCCGAGGUUGGAGAUCCAAGAGCAGGGAUGAAUUUAACUCCCCCUCCCUCUAGCAUGCUGUAUACCGAAACAGUGAAAGUGAUCCAUAAACUUACGUAGUUUAUUCGAUCAACAUGAUUGGCCCGCCAGCCCCGGAAGACUGUGCAGUCUUUGUAACUGAUGAAGAGCAAGGCUUUGUCUCUAAUUCUGCCCAGUUAAAGUGCAGGCGUUAGGCUAAAGCUGGGACAAACCUGGAGCGGCUUCAUUGGCUUUCCUACUUCUUUUGCAUCCCAAAGCAUAAGCUUAAAUCGUCUCAGAAGGACAAGGUCCGCCAGUUUAUGGCGUGCACUCAGGCUGGCGAGAGAACUGCUAUCUACUGCUUAACGCAGAAUGAGUGGAGACUAGACGAGGCCACGGACAGCUUCUUCCAAAACCCAGACUCGCUCCACAGGGAGUCCAUGCGGAACGCUGUGGACAAGAAGAAGCUGGAGCGGCUGUACGGCAGGUACAAAGAUCCACAAGAUGAAAACAAAAUUGGAAUCGAUGGGAUUCAACAGUUUUGUGAUGAUCUGAGCCUGGAUCCUGCCAGUAUCAGUGUAUUGGUCAUAGCGUGGAAGUUCAGGGCAGCAACUCAGUGUGAAUUUAGCAGAAAGGAAUUUCUAGAUGGCAUGACAGAACUUGGGUGUGACAGCAUGGAGAAGCUAAAGGCUCUUCUGCCAAGACUGGAGCAGGAGCUGAAGGACACAGCCAAGUUUAAAGAUUUUUAUCAGUUUACCUUCACCUUCGCUAAGAACCCAGGGCAGAAAGGUUUAGACUUAGAAAUGGCUGUUGCGUAUUGGAAAUUAGUGUUAUCUGGAAGGUUUAAAUUUUUAGAUCUCUGGAACACAUUCUUACUGGAACAUCACAAAAGAUCAAUUCCAAGGGACACCUGGAACCUCCUGCUGGACUUUGGAAACAUGAUUGCGGAUGAUAUGUCUAACUACGAUGAAGAAGGAGCUUGGCCUGUUCUUAUAGAUGAUUUUGUAGAAUAUGCACGGCCAGUAGUCACAGGUGGAAAACGCAGCCUUUUCUAGGCAGCAAGUUAAGCAGGAGUAAGAUGAUGAAAUGAUUUGUAUCCUGCAAAGAGAUUUCAGUCAGUUCCUGGGUGCAUUGUCGCUGAUUCCAGAAGUCAUUCUUGACCAGCCAUGAAACCAGAGGCGCCAUCCCAUUCUGCCGGAGGACAGCAGCGGCUGCUUUGUGGACACCGCAGGAAGUUCCUCGGGACACGGCUGCUUUGGGAUGUUUGGAGAUUUGUCAUCAUAGCUUUUGCGUUAGGAAAUUUCUGCAUGAUUUUUUAAUAUUUACAAAACACUAAGGUAGAGCCAUAGCGCCGCCUGUGGGACCGCAGAGCAUGCUGCGUAGCUCGCGCGUCAGGCGAACCAGCGUCCGGCAGCGUCCCGCCGAAUGACGUUGCGGUGGCACUGGAAACACGGCAUGUGUCCUCUGCAGGGCGCUGCGUUUUUAUACACGUCAAAGCUGUUAAGAAUGUGCCCUAAGGGAGAGGAUCUUGUCGUAGAGUCUAAUGUUUUUUAAAAUUGGUGCCAGCAAUUCACGAUUUAUAUUUUUUGAAGUAUCGAAUAUCUAGAUUUACCAGCUCUAUUUUUGUUUUCAUUUUCUCUAGACAUUCAUCUGAAAAUCAUUUUAUGGUUCUCAAUCCCCAUGUAGCUUUGCAUAGCAACGGCACACGUGGCACGAUUCCAGCAGAGUUUAUCUCACACCAUUUAUAUAUCACUGGGCCUCUCUUACUUAAAUAUUUGACCUGCCUGAGAAGCUUCAUAAAGUAUGUUUUUUUAAAAUAUAUUUUAAUUACAUUUAAAAAGACAUUUUUCCAUGAAAAACAUUUCUUUUAUGAGUGAUGAAAUUAUAGAUUUUAAAAUCAAGGCCAGGCAUGGUGGCUAACCCCUGUAAUCCCAGCACUUUGGGAGGCUGAGGCGGGUGGAUCACGAGGUCAGGAGAUCGAGACCAUCCUGGCAAAACAUGGUGAAACCCCGUCUCCACUAAAAAAUAAUACAAAAAAAUUAGCUGGGCGUGGUGGCAGGUGUCUGUAGUCCUAGCUACUCGGGAGGCUGAGGCAGGAGAAUGGUGUGAACCUGGGAGGCGGAGCUUGCAGUGAGUCGAGAUCGCGCCACUGCACUCCAGCCUGGGCGACAGAGCAAGACUCUGUCUCAAAAAAUAAAUAAAUAAAUAAAAUAAAAUUGGUGCCAGGAAUUCACGAUUUAUAUUUUUUGAAUUACCGAAUAUCUAGAUUUACCAGCUCUAUUUUUGUUUUCAUGUUCUCUAGACAUUCAUCUGAAAAUCAUUUUAUGGUUCUCAUUCCCCAUGUAGCUUUGCAUAGCAAUGGCACACAUGGCACAAUUCCAGCAGAGUUUAUCUCACACCAUUUAUAUAUCAGUGGGCCUCUCUUACUUAAAUGUUAUUUGACCUGCCUGAGAAGCUUCAUAAAGUAUGCUUUUUAAAAUAUAUUUUAAUUACAUUUAAAAAGACAUUUUUCCAUGAAAAACAUUUAUUUUAUGAGUGAUGAAUUAUAGAUUUUAAAAUCAAGGCCGGGCGUGGUGGCUCACACCUGUAAUCCCAGCAUUUUGGGAGGCCGAGGCAGGUGGAUCACCUGAGGUCAGGAGUUUGAGACCAGCCUGGCCAACAUGGUGAAACCCCGUCUCCACUAAAAAAACAAAAAUUAGCCGGGCGUGGUGGCACAUGCCUGUAAUCCCAGCUACUCAGGAGGCUGAGGCAGGAGAUUUGCUUGAACUCAGGAGGCGGAGGUUACAGUGAGUUGAGAUCGCGCCACUGCACUCCAGCCUGGAUGACAGAGUGAGAUUCUGUCUCUAAAUAAAUACAUACGUACAUCCAAUAAAAUCGAAUGAGUUGGUUCUUUCCAUCCUCUUGUGCCCAUAGUGCCCAGCAUAGACCUUUGUGCCCCUGUGCACAUUUGGAAGCUAAAAUGUACAUCGUUGUCUGAAAAAACCCAACCCCAAAACCUUCAUCUGAUUGGUGAGCUGAAGUCUGUCCUUGCACCAUGUUAUCAUCUGUUUCUCGUGUCCGCCUGGUUGAGGACCCACGAGUGCUGCCGAGGUGUGGAGGGCUGGUAUUGAGUUGUGGACAUCACCGUUGACGCUACCUUACGUGCCGAGACUCUCAUGUCACAGGCGUGCCUUGCUGCCCGCCUGCAGCGCUGUGCAGGACGUGGACCAGCUGGAGCUGCUCCCCAGCAGAGAGGAGAGUCGCCGCAGACGACCUAGCUGCGGUGUGAGAGAGCAUGGCCCAGACAAGCAGCUGGGUUGGGUUGGCUUCUGAGAACAGGACUCACCCUGGGCUUCAGCAACAUCUGAUGGCUGAGGUUCGUGUGCUUGGAGGCUGCAGGACGAACUGUCGAUGCUUCUCAGCAGAGAUGGUCACAGAGGGCAGCAGGGACAGGACUGGAAGGGACCUGCAGCCUGCAGACCCCGCCUGGCCCCCGCUGGCUUCUGGCUGGUCCAGUGAUGGGCAAGUGACAGACCUUCCCCAGGCUCUGCUUCCACAACUCUAAUGGGAAACUGGGCCUGUCUACCUUUAGAAGUCUUCGAUUCUCAGAGAGCAUUUGUCUAAUACAAUAAAAACUGGCGUUAAUACAAACCUCAAAAACGUGAGUGCAUCUUCCAGGCUUCAUGGAUUCUUGACAUGUAAUUGUUUUGUUCAGAAAAAGUUACAGAAUUCAGAUAAUUCUGUAUAAACUAUGGAGAUCCACAGUACUUUUUUGUUUUUGAGAUUUAAGGUUCUAAGGGAUUGUCAAUAGAUAUCAAAAUAUUAAUCAUUGGACAAAGGCUUUUCCAAAAACUGUGGGUUUUUUCUUCUGUUGUAGCCAUUUGAGUCCUGCAUGCUGUGAAAUGCUGAGAACGGAAGCAUUAAAUUGGUUUUUCUCGGG